UCACGUUUCUGCAGGGGGGAGGGCCACCCACCCAAUCGUCACUCACGUUCUUCUCCCCCAAUCCCCACUGACCUUCCUCUCCUAAUCCCUCAAACCCUAGGCCAAUCCCCACCCGCUCGCCGCCAGCUCCCGCCCCUCUCUCUUCCUCAGCUCCGAUGGAGCGCAGCCUGCAGCGCGAUGCCUCCUCAUCGUCGGUAGCGAGCGGGCACGCGCACACGCAAGGCAUGCGCGGGGCGAGCUGGCGACGAAGGAGGAGCGAGCACGAAGGAGCGGCGCUGGCGGAGGCUCAGCGCAACAGCGGAGCUGGAUUGGUUGCACACAUGGCCUUCUCCGAUCUGUGGCGGGUCUCGCUGGCCCGCAAGAUCAGCUUCCGCCUCCUACCUCGCAUGUCCUCAGGGCCCUCCACGAGCAGAUCAUGGGAAUCCACCUCAAGUUUCGACAUGGAUCUGAGGACAUGAUCUGAGUAUGGAGAGAAGCCCUAAGAAGGGGAUUUGUAGGAGGGAGUCAACCAUGAACUAAAGCAUGUUAUUCAUCAUAAUUUUGAUGCACAUUCGUAUAUAUGUUAGCAAAGAAGUAUCCAAUGAUAUGUGCUAAGUAAAAAAGCCUAUACUUGCAAGGAAUUAUUUUCCCCAAGAUGAUUUAGCAUGUCAAAACUGGGUUGUGCUUGUGACAAAGUCAUCUCGAUGUACACUUUGUGUUUUGAGUACAUCUAGAUAAGAUGCACCACUUUAAUAAUCAAGGGUGAUACUACCGACGGUAGAAAGGGAGAUGAGUUUGUUCUAUUAAGUUUUUUGUUCAUUCUAUUUUGAUAAAACAAUUACAAGAAGUUUAUUCCAAAAUGCUAAAUUAUAUUAUUAUAACUGUUGAUGGUUAUUUCCUUAGCAGCAAAAAAUCUCAUCAACUUGUUUAUUUGUUGAAACUCGACCAAGGUCAGAGGAAUGAGUUCAAUGCCCACUGGGUGUUCUCUUUUUUGCUUUGUUUCUCCUUAUAUUUCUGAUGUUUUCCCUUGAUGUAUUCUUGGUUCUCUAAUUGUUUGCCUGCUGAUGGAUGGAAGCACACGGAGGCCGUGGGCUAUUGCAAUGCCACAUGAAAACAACUUGAGUU